AUGUCGACUGAUAAUGCCAUUAAAAUUUUCACUGGUAACGCCUCACCAGCACUUGCUGAAUUGGUUGCAAAGCGCCUGAAUCUCCAGCUUGCCAAAGCAACCGUGAUCAAGUUCUCCAAUCAAGAGACAUCUGUCACUAUUGGUGAAUCCGUGCGUGAUGAAGAUGUGUUUAUCGUCCAGUCAGGCUGUGGUGAAAUCAACGACAGUCUGAUGGAGUUGCUCAUCAUGAUUAAUGCCUGUAAAACUGCAUCUGCCCGUCGCAUUACUGCUGUCAUCCCCUGCUUCUUUUAUGCACGCCAAGAUAAAAAGGAUAAAAGCAGAGCACCUAUUACUGCACGACUCACUGCUAAUAUGCUGACCGUGGCGGGUGCUGACCAUGUUAUCACCAUGGAUUUACACGCUUCUCAAAUUCAAGGGUUUUUCAACAUUCCUGUCGACAACCUGUACUGCGAGCCUUCUACCAUUCACUACAUCAAAUCAAAGAUCCCCAACUGGGAAAAUGCCAUUAUUGUGUCGCCUGAUGCAGGUGGUGCUAAACGUGCUACCUCCAUUGCUGACCACCUUGAGCUGGAUUUCGCUUUGAUCCAUAAAGAGCGUAAAAAGGCAAAUGAGGUGUCUCGCAUGGUGUUGGUGGGCUCUGUCGAGGGAAAGAUUGCUAUUCUCGUGGAUGAUAUGGCUGACACUUGCGGUACAUUGGGUUUGGCUGCCAAGACCUUGAUGGAAAACGGCGCUGAAAAGGUGUAUGCCAUUGUUGCUCACGGCAUCUUGUCUGGAAAGGCUCUCAAGGUCCUUAAUGAGUCUGUGAUUGAGAAGAUGGUCAUCACCAACACCAUUCCUUCUGAAGACAAGAUGACGCUUUGCCCCAAGAUUGAUAUUAUUGAUAUUUCGCCUACUAUUGCCGAAGCCAUCAGAAGAACCCACAAUGGCGAAUCUGUUUCCUAUCUAUUUCACAAUGUUGUCCCUCAAUAA